AGCCGGGGCCGGCGCGCCAGCCUCCCCCGGGCCGCUCACCAUGCACUGCCACGCGGAGCUGCGGCUGAGCUCGCCCGGCCAGCUCAAAGCAGCCAGGCGGCGCUACAAGACUUUCAUGAUCGAUGAGAUCCUCUCUAAGGAGACCUGCGACUACUUUGAGAAACUCUCCCUCUACUCAGUGUGCCCGUCGCUGGUCGUGCGACCCAAGCCCCUGCACUCCUGCACCGGUUCCCCAUCCCUUCGGGCAUAUCCCCUCCUCUCGGUCAUCACCCGGCAGCCCACAGUCAUCUCCCACCUGGUCCCUGCAACCCCGGGAGUCGUCCAAGCGUUGUCCCACUGCCCAACCACCGAGGCCACUCCUGUGGAAGCUCCAGGUGCUGAGGCUCUGGCCAGCAGUGAGUCCGAGACUGAGCAGCCGACACCCCGGCAGAAGAAGCCCCGCCGCAGCCGCACCAUCUUCACCGAGCUGCAGCUCAUGGGCCUGGAGAAGAAAUUCCAGAAGCAGAAGUACUUGUCCACCCCAGACAGGUUGGACUUGGCCCAGUCUCUUGGACUCACUCAGCUGCAGGUGAAGACGUGGUAUCAGAAUCGCAGGAUGAAAUGGAAGAAAAUGGUUCUUAAAGGUGGACAGGAAGCGCCCACAAAACCCAAAGGUCGUCCCAAGAAGAACUCCAUCCCCACAUCAGAAGAGAUUGAAGCUGAAGAGAAGAUGAACAGCCAGGCCCAGAGCCAGCAGCGCCCGGAACCCUGUCAGGGGCAUGAGGGGCCCUGUGACCCAGAGGAACCGAAGGCGUGUGAUGACCCCUUACAAGUGGCAGAGCCCCCAGGCCGGCCCCAGGAGUUGCCAAUAACUUCUUUGGAACCCCUACCAUCAAGCUAAAAUAAAACUCUUUUGGGGGAAGGGGGAGAUUGGGAAGAAGGGAAAAAGAGAGAAGGCAGGGAAAAUAGGGAGAGAAAAACUUCCAAAAGACAAAAGCUUGGUAAACUUGGGGAGAAGCGAUCCACCGUCUCCUUCCCUCCCACAGUUCUCAGUGGUGUUUUCACAACAAGUGUUUGGUGGAGACUUGCUAGUCUUAGGCCUUUCUUGUGCGGAGAGGCUGCUGUGGCCACGGGAUGCCCUUGAUUAAGGGAGACAGCUCUUGGAACGGCCUGUCCCAGACGGGGGAGGCGGCCGCGGGGCCGGGU